ACGUUGAAAAGAAUAGAUUAAUUUUUUCAACGGAGAGACCAGAAAUAUACUCAGUUGGUAUAUAGGAAAUUUAUUCGGAAGAGAUAAGAUACAUGUUCUUUUGAAACGAUUUAUUUAAAAAGUUAUGCCGCACAACAACCAGCCGUCGCCCGGGGACGAUCAACUGGGACCGCCAAAGGCGGACUUUAGCGCCCCGCCGCCGUACGAGGCGAACGAUGGUCAUGGCCAGCAGGUGGCACUGCCGGCUCAGAUGCCAGCACUGGCUUUAGCCCCAUCCGAUCCUGGCCAGAUGCAGAUGCAGGUGCAGCUGCCGGGCCAGGCCGACCUGAUGAACGCACAACUGCCGCCAGAGAUCCACGGGAAACUGCCGACAUACGAGGAGGUGCAGAUGGAGAAGUCGCUGAACGGAGAGCUGCCGCCCGCCUUUUUGACUCUGCCCUCCUCGCAGCAGCUUCCACCGCCACCCAAUCCGUUGCUGCCGCCAAAUCCGCUUCGCGACGGAACCGCUGCCGUGCGAUCCGCCCAGCCGGCACUCACGUUCAUCGCCAUCGAUGCCAGCGAUCCGGAGAACAGCCUGUCGGCCACGGACAACUUGCUCGGCACAGACAUCAUGUUCAUCACGGCCUUCAUUGUGGCGUUUCUGUUCAACUGGAUUGGCUUCCUGAUGCUCACCUGUUUCUGUCACACGAUCGCCGCCCGAUACGGAGCCCUGUCGGGAUUCGGAUUGUCUCUGGCCAAAUGGACACUGAUCGUAAAGCACUCGACGGAUUUGGCCUCGCACGAGAACUCCUGGUUGUGGUGGUUGAUCUGCGCCUUCGGCUUUCUCAUCAGCAUACGCGCCCUGAUCCAAUAUGUGAGCAUCAAGCGAUCGUGGCGUUUGCUCUCCGCUUCUGCGCAGGAACGGCUGCUAUUCUUCUACUAGGUGCGCCAGGUGGCUAUCGAGUGGCUGCCAUGUAAAUACGUUGUGGGUGGCUAGGAAGCUCGUAGUAUCUUACCCGAUCCUAACAUCCCAAAAUUCCCCAGAACCGGCACACAAAAACCAAACAGAAUCAAUGCGAACCAAUUUCGGAAAGUUUUCGAAAUCUCUAGGGUUUCUUAAGUAUACCAUUGUAUGUAUUAGUUAUUUUUCCAAUCUAUCUAAAUCGGAGUAAUUAGAGUGUACAAACUUACAUUUAAUUGUAUUUACUUGCCAAAUCCUUCUUAUUUCAAUUCAGAAUCCAAAUGGGAGUUAGCCUACAAGUGUAUUACAAAUUGUAAUUUACAAUUAUCAGAAAUAGGAACUUUAUAUUGGUAGCCACUGGUUUUUUGCAUUCUUUUAGAAAUGGAAAGAUAGCAGGAAACGAAGGAGCGCCAAUCCACUUUGAAAUAAUUUGGAAAUUGCGUGUUUCAAGCGUUUACGAAAACCCUAAAGGAAUUCUUUUAAAACUUCUAGCGAUUUCGUGAGCACUCCGAACUGUAGGUUAGUAUUUUCUCUAGUUUCUGUGUUGAAUAGCGCAUCUUAGUCAACUGUAGCAUAAUGACGUUAACUAUGUGUGUUGAACGGUAAGAGGCGAAUACUUAUUCGCCUGCACCUCCCAAUCGAUUAUAACUGUAAAUGUAUGUGAAAUGUGUAUGGAUAUAUAUCCCCUCCACUCUGCUACAAAAUCCCCCUUAGGCCAUUUAGUGGCGCCCAUGCACUUGAAACAAAGACACAAAACAAACCAAAAAAAAAAGAGAAUAAUUAUGAAAGCUCGAAAAGGAAAAUAUGCCACCCAUAUUUUUAUGUUGAGCCUACUUUACGCUGUGGUACUUAAUUAAUUAACUACACAAGAGCCAGCAGUAAUACGAAUGCUAAACACACAAAAAACAACUAUUGCUAGUACAUAUGAUUAUUGCCUAUUAUAACGUUUAAAAUUAAUACGUUUAAUCCCUUUGUAUGUAAAUCAAACGAUGCUUAGUGCAUUGCAGGGCCGCAGACUCCCGAGAUCAGCGCCAGUUUUAUGCAAAGUAAAUAAAAUCGAAUGAUGUCAUUCAAAGAA